CUCUUUCAGUCUUUAAGUUUAAGAAGAAAUACAAAUACAAAUAUCACGAACAGUAUGAGUGACUUGGCUGUGAGUGUUUCAGCAAAACAUGGACAACUACUUAGGAAGUGUCUGCAAAGUUCUGAUCUAUACGACUCUAACAGACGAUCGAAAAGUUCAAAAGAUGGCAAAGUAAUACUUCCGAUAUUGGAUCAAGGCAAAUGCUUGGAACCAAUAAUAAGAAAAGCAUUUACUACCGAGAAUAUUGCUGAUUGGGAAAUAGUCCAUGUCAAACUACCGUCCUCAAAGAAGAACCAUAUUGCCACUCCAUACCAACAAAUGGUGUCUGGUAUAGAGAAGUUCCUGUGCGACCGUGGCAUAGUGCUCGCGGAAGAAUAUAGAAAUGAUAUUCCGAGACAAUGGGAACGCCAUGGUGACUUGGUUAUGUUUGGGGGCUACUUUCAAGAUCCUUUCUGGAAACAGUUCGGUAACGAAAUCUGGCACUUGAUCGCAAAAAUUCUAUCUUGCAAGAAAUUGGCACUAAAAGGAAGUGUUGUUUCCAAUGGAUACCGUACCCCAUGUGUGUCCCUUCUCUUGGGAGAAAACGGAUAUGUGGAGCACGUCGAUAAUGGAAUCAGGUACACAUAUGAUGUCACGAAAUGUAUGUUCUCAUCUGGAAAUGUGACCGAAAAAAUUCGCAUUGCCAGUUUUUGCUGUGAAGGAGAAACUGUUGUAGAUUUAUAUGCAGGUAUUGGAUAUUUCACUUUGCCCUACUUAGUUCACAGCAAAGCCCGCUUUGUUCAUGCUUGUGAAUGGAACCCGGAUGCUGCGGAGGCGUUGAAGAGAAAUCUUAGUCUGAAUGAAGUGGAAGAUAGAUGUACGAUCCACUUCGGAGACAACCGAGAGCACUGCCCAAAAAACAUUGCGGAUCGGGUUAAUUUGGGAUUGAUUCCGUCGUCAGAGCCGGGUUGGGAAGUAGCCUGUGCAGCUUUAAAGAUUGGUUCGGGUGGAAUUCUCCAUAUUCACGGCAACGUAGAGAGUCGAGAAGUGAAAAUAAACUCCCCUGAAAUUUGUAUUGGAGAAUGUUCAAAAGGCAAAACUGUUCAUGACUUUAAAGACCUAGAUCAAAACUUUCCUGAUACAGAAUUAAAUUUAUGUUCAUAUUCAAGCAAUGGUGUGCCUGAUGGAACGUUUUCAGAAAAGUCAUUGAAGACAGCAACAAAGAACAAAUGGAUGGACUGGUCUGAAGAAGUUUCCAAAAGCAUUAAACAUAUUUUGGAAAAAAUCCAUUUACCACAACAAUGGAGGACAAAUAUUUUGCACAUUGAACAUGUGAAGUCUUAUGCCCCUCAUGUGGAUCAUCUAGUUUUAGACCUUGAAUGUAGGCCUAUUUGAAAAUUUUCACUGACAUAAAUGUAUUAUUAUUAUUAUUGAUGUAAUUUUUCACUCAAACUAAUUGCAGAUGUAGUCUGACUUUAGGAUUAAAGUUUCAUAUUUCAAAAUUUAAAAAUGUGUUUGCAAAAUAUUUUCCAUAGUUGUGGCUGUUCCCUUUCCCUCUGUGAUCACACACACACACACAAACCCACACAACACACACACACACAGUUUCAUUUUUUAAAUAUUUCUAAAGACUGGACAAUAUUAAAUUCUUUGAACAAAAACGUUUAAGUUACUGGAUGUCCUACUUUGUAAACCAUUGACAUAAGAAUAAAAUAAUUAUAUACAUCGGA